CUCCAAGUCAGACGCGUACUACAUUAAUUUCGACGCGACCAUCUCAGCGUAUGUCUCAAUGUCUGUUUAUCUCGGAGAUACAGUUAUCCAUCUUUCGCUGGAUUUUUGUGCUUGACACAGGCGAACAAAUACAUAUCGCUCAAGCCACUCUGGCUGCUCUCGCUAGGACUUGUCGUGCUUUUCAUGAUGUAGCUUUGGAUGUCCUUUGGCAAAAAUCUGGCACUAUCGCCAGAGCGAUACAGUGCAUGCCACACGAUUUGUGGGGCGGGGACCUGAACUCGUCUGAGUCGGGAUGUAUUCGUUUAAAACUCCACAGGGAUCUGACCAAAGAUGACUGGAAAAUCUUCCGCAGGUAUGCUUUACGCAUCCGUCACCUCAGUCUUGCCUCCCAGGAUGUCCGUCGCGGGAAAAAUUUAAUUGUUGACAUUGACGAUGAAUUACUCGCUUCUCUCGCCUCAAUGGAUGCCACUCAACCACUGCUGCCAAAUCUUUCAUCCCUCGAGUGGAUUAUCUGUGACGAGAGAGACUUGAGGCUGGUCCGUCGAAUCAUGCCCAAGUCCCUCACUUCUCUUUUCCUUGAGGUCUGGGCCAUCUCACCAGUUCCUGGCCUGCAACAGUUCAUCUCCUCAAUCGCUCCUGCCUGUCCCUCUUUGCGAAAACUGAGCCUGAAUUCAGUGGCCCUUUCAAAUCAUCUUUCUGAUUCAAUUUCUCAAACCCUUUGCCACCUCCAACAUCUCACCGCAGUCCAUUGUGGAAUUCUUGGUGUUGAAGCUUUGAACCAUUUGUCACACCUGUCAUCUCUGGCAGAGCUUCAAUUUUCUCUCCAACCAAACAUCGAAUUUCAGAACGACCUUUUAUUUCGACAUCUUCAAGUACUUCAGGUGCAUGCACAAGAACUUACAUCUGCUGUCGACUUUGUGAGCAGAAUGCGGAACAAGCUUACGAGCCUCUCGAUCUUCAGCGAUGGCCAUGCAGGAGCAUCCGUCUUGGCACAACUAUUUCGUCGCCUCUCCAUUUCCGUCAGUCGUUGCUCCCUUCGCCGCCUCCAAAUUAUGGUUGCAGAGCAUCCUCCACACACCUCCGAUUCGUUCCCUGUCCUAAAACUGGAGGAUCUCCACCCGCUUCUGUCAUUCAACCGGUUAACACACGUACGCUUUGAUCUAGGGUGUGGGAUCUCUUUGGACGAUGUUGCUGCUUUGGAAUUGGCACAAGCAUGGCCGGAUAUUGUUCAACUUGCGUUGAACAGAUUUUUGGAGAUUCCUGCGCCAUCGUCGAUCACACCAAUUGGACUCCUGUGCUUCCUCAAGCACUGUCCCAACCUGAGGGAACUGACGCUUGAAAUUGACUUCUCAUUCAUUGAAGAACAAGACGAUCAGCACCACUACUGGGUCGGAGAUAUCUCCCACCAGAAUCUUUAUGCUCUCGAUGUGUCUUAUUCAAAAAUCAACAAUGCCACAAAAGUGGCUGCAUUCCUGUCUGGUGUCCUGCCGCAGACCGUCCAUGUACAAUGUUCGUGGGUUCUUGCACUGGACGAUCAUCGGGAGUAUGCAGAGAGGUGGAAUGAAGGCUUCGAAACUCUUGCACGCGGAUAAGAAAAGGGGGCAACUUUCGUUCUCUUGUUAGGUGAUUUGGAGGAAACCGUCGACCUAUGUAUAUAUAUCUCGAUCUGCACGACAUCUACACACUGCAUACUCUCCAAUAUUCACAAAGUACAAUAUUUGCUAGCUAGUUUCAUGUGCAUUGUGCACGGACGGGCGAGUUUGCUCAAUAUUCGCCCAUUGAACUUUACUUUCUUACGUCAU